AAUUGCCCGCCUCCUUUCGCUCCCCUUUCGCCUUAUCGGAUGCGGAGCGGACAGCGGGGAGGGAAGUGGCUCUCCCGCAGCCACCUCAGCACCCGCAGCCCCCCGUGAGAACGAGCGGCCGCUCCCCGCCGGCGGCUCCGCGGCCGAUGCCCGCACAGACCUGCUGAUACUGUGUAUAUUUGAGAGGAAGAAGAUGCUUUGUCGGUAUGAGAUACAGAGCUGUUUCCUCUUGGCUUUUCUAGCUGUCACAGCUUUCUUCAUCAGUGAUGCCCAGGGCCAAGUGUCCCCACCAACAAGACUAAGAUAUAAUGUAGUGAGUCCUGACAGUGUACAGAUCUCUUGGAAAGCCCCCAAAGGGCAAUUCACUGGAUAUAAGCUUCUUGUCACUCCAAGUUCAGGUGGAAAAACAAAUCAAUUAAUUCUUCAAAACACUGCAACCAAAGCAAUUAUUCAAGGUCUCAUUCCAGAUCAAAACUAUGCUCUUCAGAUCAUUGCAUUCAAUGAAGACAAGGAGAGUAAGCCAGCACAAGGCCAGUUCAGAAUUAAAGAUAUAGAGAGAAGAAAAGAAACAAAUAAACCCAAGGUGAAGGAUCCAGAAAAAACAAAUGCGAGUAAACCAGCUCCAGAAGGAAGCCUGUUUACCUGCAAAACUCCAGCAAUUGCAGAUAUUGUGAUACUAGUAGAUGGUUCUUGGAGUAUUGGCAGAUUCAAUUUCAGGCUCGUUCGACUGUUCCUGGAAAAUUUGGUUUCCGCUUUCAAUGUGGGAUCUGAGAAAACAAGAGUAGGUCUUGCACAGUACAGUGGUGAUCCCCGAAUCGAAUGGCAUUUGAAUGCCUAUGGCACAAAGGAUGCUGUUUUGGAUGCAGUCCGUAAUCUACCAUAUAAGGGAGGGAAUACAUUAACAGGUCUUGCCUUAACUUACAUUUUGGAAAACAGCUUUAAACCAGAAGCAGGUGCAAGACCUGGAGUAUCUAAAAUUGGGAUACUGAUCACUGAUGGGAAGUCCCAAGAUGAUGUUAUCCCUCCUGCUAAAAACCUCCGAGAUGCUGGCAUUGAGCUGUUUGCUAUUGGUGUAAAGAAUGCGGAUAUAAAUGAACUCAAAGAAAUUGCUUCUGAACCUGACAGCACACACGUCUACAACGUGGCUGACUUUAACUUCAUGCAUACCAUUGUUGAAGGUCUUACCAGAACAGUGUGCUCACGAGUAGAGGAACAGGAAAAGGAAAUCAAAGGAACAAUUGCUUCACUUGGGGCUCCUUCGGAUUUGGUCACAUCAGAGGUAACAGCUAGAGGAUUCCGGGUUAGCUGGACCCAUGCACCAGGCAAAGUGGAAAAAUACAGGGUUGUGUACUAUCCCACUCGAGGAGGACCACCGGAAGAGGUUGUGGUAGAUGGAAGCGUAUCAACAGCAGUUCUGAAAAACCUGAUGUCUUUAACUGAAUACCAGAUAGCUGUAUUUGCCAUAUACUCAAAUGCUGCUAGUGAGGGCCUCCGUGGAACAGAAACUACACUCGCCUUGCCAAUGGCAUCGGAUCUGCAGUUGUACGAUGUGUCGCAGAGCAGCAUGAGAGUGAAGUGGAACGGAGUAGCGGGUGCCACAGGUUACAUGAUCCUAUAUGCUCCCCUCACAGAAGGAUUGGCAGCAGAUGAGAAAGAGAUAAAAAUUGGGGAGGCCUCAACAGAUCUUGAACUGGAUGGACUGUUGCCAAAUACAGAAUAUACAGUCACAGUUUAUGCCAUGUUCGGAGAAGAAGCCAGUGAUCCCCUUACAGGACAAGAAACUACAUUGCCUCUAAGUCCACCAGCAAAUUUGAGAUUUUCUGACGUUGGACACAGUAGUGCUAAGCUAACAUGGGAUCCUGCUUCCAAAAAUGUAAAUGGCUAUCGCAUCAUGUAUGUUAAAACAGAUGGAACAGAAACCAAUGAGGUGGAAGUUGGUCGUGUUUCAACCCAUACUCUGAAAAGUUUGGCACCCCUUACAGAGUAUACUGUUGCAAUUUUCUCCCUGUAUGAUGAAGGACAAUCUGAACCGCUUACUGGCAGCUUUACCACGAAAAGAGUUCCAGCUCCCCAGCAUUUGGAAAUUGAUGAAGCAUCAACAGAUAGUUUUAGGGUCAGCUGGAAGCCCACCUCAUCAAAUAUUGCUUUUUACAGAUUGGCAUGGAUUCCUUUGGAUGGGGGGGAAUCCGAAGAGGUUGUCAUAAAUGGAGAUGCAGACAGUCACGUUAUAGAGGGUUUGUUGCCUGACACAGAAUAUGAAGUUUCUUUGCUGGCAGUUUUUGAUGAUGAAACUGAAAGUGAAGUUGUUGCUGUUCUGGGAGCUACAUUUGCAAAUUCUACCAGAAUGCCUUCCACAGCGACUACUACCAGUGCCACAACCUCUGAGCCCACCACAGCAGUUUUUCGAACAGGAAUCAGAAACCUUGUUAUAGAUGAUGAAACAACCUCAAGUCUGAGGGUGACGUGGGACAUUUCAGAUUAUAGUGUCCAGCAGUUCAGAGUGACCUAUCUCACUGCGAAGGGUGACCGUUCUGAGGAAGCGGUAAGAAUGGUAAUGGUGCCUGGGAGACAAAAUACUCUUCUGCUUCACCCUCUGCUGCCUGAUACAGAAUACAAAGUUACCAUAACUCCGAUCUAUGCCGAUGGGGAAGGAGUCAGUGUCUCAGCUCCUGGCAAAACUUUACCCCUGUCUGCUCCUAGAAAUUUGCGUGUCUCAGAUGAAUGGUACAACAGAUUACGCAUCAGUUGGGAUGCCCCACCAUCAACAACAAUGGGUUACAGAGUUGUCUACAAACCUAUCAACAUUCCUGGUCCUGCGCUGGAGACCUUUGUAGGGGAUGAUAUUAAUACCAUUCUCAUUCUCAAUCUCUUCAGUGGAACGGAGUACAGUGUUAAAGUAUUUGCUUCGUACUCAACAGGCUUCAGUGAUGCCCUAACAGGCGUAGCCAAAACCUUGUACCUGGGUGUGACAAAUCUGGAUUCCUAUCAAGUCCGCAUGACUAGUCUGUGUGCUCAGUGGCAGCUUCAUAGACAUGCAACUGCAUACAGGGUAGUUAUAGAGUCACUUGUGGAUGGAAAACAACGAGAAGUAAAUCUUGGUGGAGGGACACCUAGACAUUGUUUCUUUGAGCUGAUGCCUGGAACUGAGUAUAAAAUCAGUGUUCAUACACAGCUUCAGGAGAUUGAGGGCCCUGCUGUAAGCAUCAUGGAGACAACAUUACCAUUUCCAACUCAACCACCAACAACACCUUCAACACCACCUCCACCACCUACAAUCCCGCCUGCAAAAGAAGUGUGCAAAGCAGCCAAAGCUGACCUUGCGUUCCUGGUGGAUGGGUCAUGGAGUAUUGGAGAUGACAAUUUCAAUAAAAUAAUAAGCUUUCUCUAUAGCACUGUUGGAGCUUUGGAUAAGAUUGGUCCUGAUGGAACACAGGUGGCAAUAAUUCAGUUUAGCGAUGAUCCCAGGACAGAAUUUAAAUUGAAUGCAUACAAAACAAAAGAGACUCUUCUUGAAGCUAUUCAGCGAAUAGCCUACAAAGGAGGAAAUACAAAAACAGGCAAAGCCAUUAAACAUGCAAGAGAAAUCUUGUUUACUGGAGAGGCAGGCAUGAGAAGGGGCAUUCCAAAGGUUUUGGUUGUCAUUACUGAUGGGCGAUCACAGGAUGAUGUGAACAAAGUCUCCAGAGAAAUGCAACUAGAUGGUUUCAGCUUUUUUGCUAUUGGAGUAGCUGAUGCCGACUAUUCAGAGUUAGUGAAUAUUGGCAGCAAGCCCAGUGAAAGACACGUCUUCUUUGUGGAUGACUUUGAUGCCUUUACAAAGAUUGAAGAUGAGCUGAUCACUUUUGUUUGUGAAACUGCAUCAGCAACCUGCCCAUUGGUAGUUAAAGAUGGCAAUAAUUUUGCAGGAUUUAAAAUGAUGGAAAUGUUUGGUUUGGUUGAAAAGGAGUUUUCCGCUGUGGAAGGGGUUUCAAUGGAACCUGGUACAUUUAAUGUUUACCCAUGUUACAGACUGCACAAGGAUGCCCUGGUGUCACAGCCUACCAAGUAUUUGCAUCCUGAAGGUCUCCCUUCUGAUUACACCAUCACGUUUCUCUUUCGUAUACUCCCUGACACACCUCAGGAGCCCUUUGCUCUUUGGGAGAUUUUAAAUGAAGGAUAUGAACCCCUGGUUGGAGUUAUUUUAGAUAAUGGUGGUAAAACUCUGACUUUCUUUAACUAUGACUACAAAGGAGAUUUUCAAACUGUGACUUUUGAAGGUCCUGAAAUAAGGAAGAUGUUUUAUGGGAGUUUUCAUAAGCUGCAUGUUGUUAUCAGCAAGACUACAGCCAAGAUAAUUAUUGACUGCAAACAAGUGAGUGAGAAGACCAUUAAUGCAGCAGGGAAUAUUAGUUCUGAUGGCAUAGAAGUACUGGGGAGAAUGGUGAGAUCCAGAGGACCGAGAGACAACUCUGCACCACUGCAGUUACAGAUGUUUGACAUUGUUUGUGCUACCUCAUGGGCCAAUCGAGACAAAUGCUGUGAGCUUCCUGGCUUGAGAGAUGAGGAAAACUGCCCUGCCCUUCCUCAUGCUUGUUCCUGUUCAGAAGCCAAUAAGGGUCCUCUUGGACCUCCUGGACCACCGGGUGGUCCAGGUGUCAGAGGUGCCAAAGGUCAUCGCGGUGAUCCAGGUCCAAAGGGACCAGAUGGACCUCGAGGUGAAAUUGGUGUUCCUGGACCGCAAGGACCUCCAGGACCACAAGGACCCAGUGGACUUUCUAUUCAAGGGCCUCCAGGGCCACCAGGUGAAAAGGGAGAGAAGGGAGAUCUUGGUUUUCCUGGCCUGCAGGGUGUCCCAGGAGCAUCAGGUUCACCCGGAAGAGAUGGAGCUCAAGGUCAAAGGGGCCUUCCUGGCAAAGAUGGACCCACAGGCCCACAAGGACCUCCUGGCCCAAUGGGCAUACCUGGUGCUCCAGGUGUUCCAGGUAUUACUGGAAGCCAGGGGCCACAAGGUGAUGUUGGAGCUCCUGGUCCUCCUGGAGCUAAGGGUGAAAGGGGUGAGCGGGGCGAUCUUCAGUCCCAAGCAAUGGUUCGUGCUGUUGCUCGUCAAGUGUGUGAACAGCUCAUCCAGGGUCAUAUGGCAAGAUAUAACUCAAUUCUGAACCAGAUUCCAAGCCAGUCUGUCUCAACACGAACCAUCGCAGGACCUCCUGGUGAGCCAGGUCGGCCAGGAGCUCCAGGGCCACAGGGUGAACAAGGAUCACCAGGCAUGCAAGGGUUUCCAGGAAGCCCUGGUCAACCUGGAAGACCAGGAGAAAGAGGUUUACCAGGUGAGAAAGGAGAAAAAGGCAAUCCAGGUGUUGGAACACAAGGACCCCGAGGCCCACCAGGAUCUACAGGACCUCCAGGAGAAAGUCGAACUGGCAGCCCAGGACCUCCAGGAUCAGCGGGCCCACGAGGUCCCCCUGGUCACAUGGGACCCCCAGGCUCACAGGGUCCUUCUGGUCCCCCUGGGUACUGUGAUCCGUCCUCCUGCGCUGGUUAUGGCAUGGGAGGCCCAAUCCCUUACAAUGGCUACCAAUCCAGAAGGUGAAAGGCUCAUUCUGGUUCAGGUCUCAUUGGGCUGAAGGUCAGAGAUGGAUGCUGAACUGCUCUGUGCUUUCCAGCAACGAUAUUGACUACCACUAAUGAACUUACAGCUGCUGUACAUGCACUUGGCUUCCUGGCACUGCUAAAAAUUAUUGGCUGACCCACUUUUGCCUGUUAAUCAUGUAUUCUUGCCCACAAUUGGAAUAAGCUAAAGCAGGCAGAGUGUGCAAUGUAUAAUGAGCACAGUAUUACAACUGGACAUUUGACAAAUUCUGGUGGUGGUUUCCAACUAACUUGGCUGUCUGUUGGUGGGUUUCCAAUUGCUCCAGCUUAUUAAUUUUGUUAAAUGUUUUCGUUGUUCCUUUAUGUGAAUAAAAGAUGUGUAUUUAAAGAUUAUAUAUAUAUACUCACACACGAUAUAGAAAUAUAUCUAUAUAUAAAAUGUCAAUUUCCUAAUGAAUGCUUUAAUUUUCUACUCCCCUUCUCCUGUGUUAACCAUAUGAAUACUCUUGGUGGUGGUGGGUUAAGGUGGAUACGGUGAGCCAACUGAUCAAGACAUCCCAGUAGUGCAGUUGCCACAUAGCUCCUACCAAAUCUAUGACCCUGAGGACCUUUAUGAUGGUGAGCAACAGCCGUACAUAGUUCACGGGUCCUACCCCUUACCAUCCCCAUACUCCCAGUCCUAUGCAUCACCUCAUCUUGCUCAACCAGAAUUUACUCCUGUUCAAGAAGAGAUGGAAGCCGUUGAACUGAGAUCCCCAGGAAUCAGUCGCUUCGCAAGGAGGAUGGCCAAAAGGAGCGCCAAGACUCCAGCACGCACAAAGGCAAAUGGAAAAAAACCCUCUCAAUGAACUGUUUAAAAAAGGGAAACAUUUUAUGUGCAUCUGUUUGGCCUUUUGUCCAGGUGCCUCACCUGUCACGGAAGAUGUUUACAGGCUCUUAUGUUAAAGGAGAAAAAAGUGUACAUGGCUGGUUGACACAACAAAUAAUGGUAAUUAUCUUGCAUGCCAGAAGCUUAGUUGUUAGUGGGUUGGUGCUAGAUGAUGACGAAAGGUCACUUGUAGGCCUUUCUCUGGAGUACUGUUCCGUUCACUAUUCAAACUGUAUAAAAACAUACUUCCAGCUAGUUGGUGUAUGUAGAACCAUCCAGAAAAGUUUAUGUUUGUUAUCAGUUUUUUCCUAGUUGAUUAUGUUCUGUUGGUUUUGGAUUAAUUGCUUUACUAGCAGAGUAACCCGACUAAAUUCACUGGAGAACAAUCAUAAUCAGGUUUCCUUGAACCCAGCUUAUUACCCUUUUGCAAAGAAUGCAUAUGUUAACAGGGUGUUGUUUUUUCUAACUCACAUGAUAUAAAUACACAAGAAUGUUCUGUGGGAGCACACUGAUAAUUUAUUGUGAACCUCUUUCAUUUCUGUUUUGUAUGCAAAUAAAAGUGGCAGGCUUUUGUACGGUAA